AUGUCUGAAUCAUACACCGCAUCAUCCUACUACUUCAGCUCAGCCAGCAACUCCGCCGACGGCACCACCAACGCAACCGGCCACCGCUACAAAACCAGCUCACUUACCGAACCCAACGGCACAACCACCACCUACACCACCCGCCAAGAACUUGGCCACUCGCCCACCUUUGAAGAACACCAGUUCAACAACCGCGGCCAAGAGUACUUCGCUCUCCCCGGGCCAGGCGGUACAGGGACAUCCGCCGGCGGCGUGCGUCGGAUCGUAGACAUGGACAACGAUGAAGCUGGCGGAGGAGCAGGAGCGACGACAGAAACAGGGGGCCAAUCUGAAUUUUCGGCGUUCGAAGCCUCGACUCCGCGGUUGGAAGACGGGGCGGCGGUGCCGUUCGGAACGAAAGUGGUGGAUGUGGAUACGGGGGCGUAUGAUGAGCAUAUGCAUUUCUACGGAGAUACCACCAUGCGACAUCAUCGGGAGGUGAGGGACGAUGCGGGGAGGAGGUUUACGAGGGAUGUGGAUUUUGAUCCGGCGGGGAGGGCGGAGAUGGCGCAUGAGAGGAGAUUGUUUGAGAAUCCGGAGACGGGGACGCGGGUCGAGAGGGAGGGCGAUGUCGAGGUUUCGCAGGUGAUUUGA